AUGUGUGGUGAUGGAGCCAACGACUGUGGUGCUCUCAGGGCUGCCUACAUUGGUGUUGCAUUGAGUGACUGCGAAGCCAGCAUUGCAGCUCCCUUCACAUCGCGACAACAGAACAUUCGCUGUGUGGCAAACAUACUUAAGGAAGGACGAUGCUCCCUUUCAACUGCGAUCGGAUCAUUCAAAUACAUGGUCCUUUACAGUUUCAUUCAGUUUUUUACAGUUAUCCUCCUUUAUAGUAUUGGCAACACAUUGACCGAUCCUGAGUACCUCAUCAUCGACCUGUUUAUUGUUGCCCCCCUCUCCGUAGCGUACGCUGUAGGACGACCAUGGAAGAAAUUGGAGGCCAGUACAAUUCCACUUCGGUUGAUGACCCCUUCAAAUCUUGCCUCUGUUUUUAUUCAACUCUUUCUAGCUGUGGCGACACAAAUCGUAAUCUUCAUCGGUGUUCAGCAUCAGACUUGGUGGCGUGUCUUUGAACCAACCAAACAAAGUCUAGACGAUGCAGGUUCCUACGAAGCCACUAGUCUCUUCUACUUCUCAUGUUUCCAAUACAUCUUCGUGUGUGUGGCGUUGGCUAAGGGUCCACCAUUCCGAGACCGGAUCUUUAAAAACGGUGAUACUGGGUUCAAAAAGAAUGCCUUCACCAUCGGUAUAGUCGCAAUGGCCAUUCUCCACUUCAUGAUGGCCGUCGCCUUUGAGACUCUAAUUGAUGCUGUCGCACAAAAUGGCAGUUCCAAGCACUUUUGGAAGAGCUGUUUAACAAGAACAACUUCACCCCGCAUACAGAUAAACCGAUGA